GUAGAAGCCUAAGAGCAUUUUUGGACAAGUGGCCGGGCAAACAACGUUUGGGAAUUUACAGAUUCCUUCCUAUCUUUUUCGUUCUUGGAGCGGCCUUAGAAUUUUCUAUGAUAAACUGGACUGUCGGUGAAACUAAUUUCUAUCGAACUUACAAAAAGCGUCAAGCCAAAAAUCUCAUUGAAUCAAAACUCGCAGAAAGCAUAGCCGAGGCAAAAACAGCAGCAUAAAAUGCCAGCUGGAGUUUCAUGGGGACAGUAUACCAAGUUCUUCAUCAGUGCCAUGAUUUCCAUGAUGGCCGGAUCGCAAUUAGUUCACAUUUACUACAAACCCUUACAAGAUAUUGAUGUUUUCAUCGAAAAUGAGAUGAAAACGGUCAAGCAAUCAAAACCUAGUGGAAGCACAACUUGAGUUAUGUGAAAUAGAACAUUUAUUUAAAACAA